AGUCGCGUUAAUUAAAUUAUUUUUUAUAAAUUGUUAUAUAGGCAUUCUCCUUUAAUUUCCUUUGUGUUAAUUUCGUGACAAUAAUUUUGUGCUUCGUUAAUUUUCUGAUUUUUCGCUUAUUGGCAUAUCAUCAGACCUGACAAAGGUAUACCACAGUGAUUGAUGUGAUUGAUCAGACGGCAAUAUAUAUGACUGAUGCAUAUAUUGGUGAAGGAAAUAUGAAGUACUAGUGAAUUCUAUUAUUUUGUUAUGCCUUGAUACUCAAUAUCGCCCUUGGUUCGCUGGUAGUUUACCGAAUUUGUAUAGCAAAAACGCUAAAUGAUGGGAAAUUCCCAAAUUUGUUUGUUUAUAAAUUUGCGCAGAGCCAACGUGUAAUAUCCCAGAUGGUCAACCAAGCCCCCGUUAGAUAUUAAAAUGAAUUAAAAUAUAAUUCAAAAUGGUGUUUGCAGAACUUCAUUAUGAAGAUUUUGAGUUUUUUGAAAAACUUGGAAGCGGUAGCUUUGGUUCAGUAUAUAGAGCUCGUUGGAAAUCACAGAACAAAGAAGUUGCCAUUAAAAAAUUAUUGGCAUUGGGAGAAGAGGCUGACGUCCUUGCUGUUUUGAGUCAUAAACAUAUAAUCCAGUUUUAUGGUGCAGUAUUGAGACAACCCAAUUUUUGUUUAAUUACAGAGUACGCAAAACAUGGCUCUUUACACGAUUACAUUGCAAAACACGAACUUGACUUCCACCAAAUCUUAAAUUGGUCUAAACAAAUAGCUUUAGGCAUUAGCUAUCUUCAUAAUGAAGCACCGUUUAAAAUAAUCCAUAGAGAUUUAAAAUCAAAAAAUGUUGUCAUCACAGCUGACAUGUUAGUUAAGCUUUGUGAUUUUGGUUCAUCUCGUUACUUGGACCAAACAACAAAAAUGUCAAUGGCAGGGACUUUUCCUUGGAUGGCACCUGAGGUUAUACAGUCAAUGCCUGUCUCAGAAACCUGUGAUACAUUUUCUUAUGGAAUUGUCCUGUGGGAAAUGCUAACUCGAGAAAGUCCAUUCAAAGGUAUGGAAGGUGUACAAGUGGCCUGGUUGGUCGUGGUAAAAGAAGAAAGACUGACCAUUCCAUCCUCCUGUCCUCCACAGUUUGAAAAAUUAUUAAAAUCAUGUUGGUUAACAGAUCCUAAACUUCGGCCUAAUUUCAAAGAAAUUCAAGUCACCUUAAAUAAUAUGUGCACAGACGAAUCGCUUGAAUCAGAAACGAACACAUUUAUUCAACAUAAGACUGAAUGGAAACCUGAAAUAGAAUCAACGAUGGAGAGAUUGAAAAAAAUGGAGCGCAAUUUGACGACAAAAGAGAAAGAACUCCAAGAAAGAGAAUUGCGCGUGUUGCAGAAAGAGCGACAGAUUAACAUUGCGAAAAUGUUAAACAAAACUGAUCUUAAAGAUUGGGAAGUUGCUGAUGUGUACAUAUGGAUGGAAGAACUUGGAAACGAGGCUGUUGACUUGCUUCAAUAUGCGCAGGUUUUUCAUGAUAAUCAUAUCACUGGAAAAAGGUUGAUCAAGUUAACAAAUCAAGAUUUGAAAGAGAUGGGAAUAUUAUCUUACGGUCAUCGUAUGGAUUUAAUGGAGCAAAUCUCAAAACUUAAAGAGGAAUUGGAACAUCUGACGCAUUUUCCUCCUUUAGAACAGACUCCUGGUAUUGAAAGUCAAGUAUUAAAUCAAAGAACAGUCCAGCUGACUUUGUUGUUUGGCAACCAUUGUCGUCUUGGACCAACCCCAAUGGACCACAAAUGGAAAGUAUAUGUUGAGGUUGAUGGUGAAGAAGUAGCUCUUAAUUCAAUUAAGGAAGUGCAGCUUAUAACAACUGAAGAGCAACUCACAUUUACUCAGCCCCCUUAUGUGAUGAAUACAUGGAAGAUUGUUGGUGACAACAACAGUCCUAUAUUCGUUGACUGCGUCGUGUCGUACGACAACCACAUAAAGAAGCCGAAAACAACCAAGCAUACGCACGAGGUUCUGAUCAAGGAGGGCGGUUCAGUGCUUCAGAAGACAAUCGAGUUGGUUAUGAAACAGUCUGCAGUUGUUUCAUGUCUUCCCGAUGACGGUUAUUCAACUUCGUCACCGUCAAUGAGCUCUACCUCGCAUCGCAUCACAUCGUCAACUCGCUUAUCUUCAAGUUCCAUUAAACUAGAAUCACCAGGUCUUGUAGAUGAAACUCCAGCAAUUUCAUGGGCUAAUAAAGUCAAGGGACAGUCACCGACGACAUUUAUGCCUCGGAAAAUCUCUGAAGCUAAUAAAGAAGUUCUUAAUCGAAAUCGUGAAAUGGCUGGAUCGCCAUUGAUUUUUAAAAAGAACUUAUCAAGUGAAAGAAUAUCCCCUGGAGUAUGCGUGCGUACCGGUGACAAAGACGCUUGCGUUUUUCGGCGUUUGUCGGGAACAUUCGAUUUUGAUCCAGUCGAAACGAGUACGAUAACAAAUUCGUCAAGUAUCCGUCAAAAUUUAGAAAAUAUGAAGAUACAAGCCAGUGACGCUACUGAUGCUGGAUGGACCGUCGUUAAAAAUAAUCGGGAUCAAAAAGGACAGAAACCAGAUAAGCGACCUUUCUUUCGUGGCAAUUCGCGUGGCAGAGCACACGCGCGGGAUAAAUUUUAUCGAAGUCAAAGUGACCAGUUGCCUCGCAAGGAAGGAGAUGCAAGGAGGACUAGGCUAGUAAAUAGUGAAGGAGACAACCCGCUCAGUAGAGGGAGGGGAAGAGCAUCUUCGCGGGGAAGGGGGAGAUCUUAUGCAAAUUAUAGAGGCAGCGGGCAUCGCUGAAGUCCUUUGUACGUGAGGACUGGUUUGCCAGAAAUAUUUAGUUCUUUUUUUCAGUUAAAGCUAGGAAAUAUUAUUUUUUAUUUUUUUAUUUUAUUUUUCAAAUGUCUUUUUGAUUUUAAACCGACAUUUCUCGCUGUUACUUUUAAAUUAGCUCGAAAUGCUGUAUAGUCGUCAUGCAGCGUUUCGAGCUGAUGUAAAAGUUGAAAGACCUUUUUUUAUUUGAUCAAGUAUUAUAACAUUUAUUUUGCUUAGCAGAGAAAUUUAAGGAUUUGUGGAAAAUAUAAUGAUAUCAUGAUGAUACAAAUAUUGUGAGCAGAAUUUAUUAACAGUAACAGAUGUAAAUAUGUAUAUACAUGAAAAUCUCUUGUUCCGUAUA